GGCUGAACCUGGACUUUUCUUCCCCGCCCUCCUGGGCUGCAGCAGCCAUGGACUUCUUCCCGAUGGCUUGGGUCUGCACGCAACCAACGAUUCAACGGCCGCUCAGCUGACCAUUUCGACACCACCAACAUGGCGACGCUCAAACUUCCCCCGCACGCUAGAGUUGGCCCAGACAAACUCAAUGGCAGCAAAGGGUUCCCAUCUCCGUCCCAACCUGACGGCCUGGCAGAUUUCGAACGCACCCUGUCAUGACACAGAAACACGCCAACCCCCCUUGGGCGGCACCCCGACGACAGAAAUGUCACGUCGCUUUACCUUAUCGCGCCCAAGUCCCAAAUUACCCCAGCAUCUGCCAUCAAAAGAUGAACGGGUACCCCUCGCCGACGAGAACCAAUCUGCCCAAUGGCUAGCUCCCUUUUCUGCUCUUCCAUGCCUCCAAGGCGUCCAAAGGCCCCUUGCGAGUUGCGACGGCUUCGAUUGCCCUUGUUUAUUUGACCACAAAAAAAGAGGACGCGCGAUACCGAACGGAACAAAUCAAAUCAAACAACCAGACAUGUUCAAUGUCCCGGCCCCAGUCUUUCGCACUUCGUCAAAAAAUUCGAGCCCUUUCUUUUGUGGGUUUUCCCAUCGAAGCCGUAGGCCCGUAGCCAUUGUCCCACACAAUCCAGGACCGUUCGUUCCCGUCGCGCGCGAAUAUUUUGUUGUUAUAUAACGUCCGGCGAUUCCCCCCAAUCUCCACCUCUUGACGAUCUCCUCUUCAGCAAGCAGCAUCUCUCAGCGCGGCCGCUUUCUCAGAGCUCUUUUUCUCACCACAUCCGCUCAACGCCAG